AUGUUGGUUUGUGCUUCCAGUUUCGUUUCUGCAUCUGAUAUAAACAGGGUUUUUUUUUGCAUACUGUGUCAGUGUUUAUGAAGACCUGCAGAGGACAACGUGUGGAGAGUUUGAAAGUCUUCAGCAGGGCGUAUAUCAGAAGUGAAUACGUGACCAAGAGUUAAUCAUGGGGAAUUCACAAUGUAUUCCACAAAGUAAGAGCACUUCGACAGACAAUCUGCUUGAGCCAGUGUUGGAAGCGGUGGAUUGUUCGAUAUGUCUGGAUAAUUGUGAAGACGCAGUGGCACUGGGAUGUGGGCAUGUUUACUGCAAUGGGUGUAUCAAAACUCAUUUGGAAGUAAAUGAGAAGCUCUGUCCUAAAUGCAGACGAUCAUGUGACCAGGAGCACAUUGUACCGUUCCUCAGACCGGAGAACACUGACGAGAUAAGAUUUGAUCUGACAGCAUCUGGACAAGCUAUGCAGCUCAUCAGAGUCAAUGAAGAUAAUAAGGACACACCCCUGGAGCUUGAUGCAAAUGUUUUGAAGCUCUGUUUUCUGCGAGAGGAUGUGAGGGACAUCCCUGUGUGUAUCCUUUCCAUCGUGGGACAACGGAGGUGUGGAAAAUCUUUCCUUCUCAACUACAUCUUACGGAGACUGGGAAAUCUGGAAUGUAAAGAUGACUCCUGGAUGAGUGGGGAUGAGGAGGUUUUGAAUGGAUUUGAAUGGAGGACUGGGGAUGACAGCAUCACAAAGGGCAUCUGGAUCUGGAGCAAACCUUUCUUUAUGAAAUUAAAUAAAGAGGAAAGGAUUGCAGUGUUCUUGGUCGACACAGAAGGCUGUGCGGAUGCUAAGCAGAAUAAAGAAGUUGGUUUGAAACUUUCAGCUCUAAGCGCUCUUUUUAGUUCUUACCUGAUCAUUAACAUAUCCGCCCUAAUAAACAGCACUGACUUGGAAGAUCUUGAGAUGUUUUGUUUAAUAGCUGAAAAUGGAGAAACAGCUUUGAAACCCUUUCAGCGUCUUCUUUUUCUGAUUCGUGACUGGUAUUUGCUUCCUGUUGGAUUUGAAGGAGGAAUGACACAUCUUGGAAAAGUAGCUACGGAAUGUUCCCUGCAGAACGUCAAGGAUAUUCUGCAGAAGAAAGAAGCCGAGUGUUUCCUGAUGCCGCACCCAGGAAAGAAAUUACCGGCUAGUAAUGAGGGGGGUUUAAAAGAUAUGGACGAUGAUUUUAAAAAGUGCCUAAAACAGUUCAUUAAUGACUUAGUGCCGACACUGAGCAACUAUCCAAAGAUGGACAGAGAAAACUCCAAAAUCACUGGUAGACAGUUAAAGGAACACAUCCAGGAAGUUACAUCUGUGAUUGCAUCUGCCCAGUACGAUAUUGUUUCACUCAGGGAGAUGACCAUAAAGCAGAAUUUGCAGAAGGCUAAACUUCUUUUUCAGAGCUCUGCACUUUGUUUUCAGAAGUUUAUCAGUGACAAGGGAAAUACAUUUUUUACCAGGCCAGACCAAAUGAAGAAGGAGGUGGAGGAAAAAGUUAAUGAGAUAUUGACUGAAGUUAAGACUCAGUUAGGAGAAGAAGACUUUGAAAAUUUGAAGAAAGUCCUAAAUGCUGAGAGAGAGAUAUUUCUUAAAGAAUAUAACACAAAGUUUUACAAAGCUGUAGUGGCCCUGGCAACAGGCUCAGUGCUGGCUACGACUGCAGGUGGCGUUGUUGCAGGAGCAGUAUUUGCUGCAGAGGCUGGUAUUAUUGCAGCGGGGGCAGCAGUUGGCACUGGUUCCAGUCUUGUUGCGGGUGGGAUUGGUGCAGCAGCCACUCAAAUUGCAAACAAAAUCAAGAAAAACACAACAGAACCUGAGGACAACAAUUAAAACACUGAGACAGAGAGCCAUGUACAGUAUGUGUGCACUCCAAGCAUGACAUUAGGUGAUUUUUUUGUAGAUCAAUUGCAUAGACACUCAUGUCUGUUUAAUGCAUGUGUGUGUGUUUUUGUCUCAAUAAUUCAGCUGGUGUUUGCUUGUGUAAAUUAUUGUGUGCUUUUAAUGGUGUAAAUCUUGUUGUUAUUUUUAUCUUUUUAUAUUUGCACAUGUAAUUGUUUGUAUUCGGUUCCCUAAAGUGAUGAUUACCACGUGUGUGUUGUUGACAAUCUUGUCUGUGUCUGCCUCCUGCACGAGAAAAUGCCAUCUGGUGCUGAUCCCCGCUGCUUGCGAGCGAGCCAGGAUACGCUGCAGCAGAGACUGACUGGUAGAUAAGACGGGAGGAGAAGCAGAACAGGAAGAGAGAAAGGAAACCGCGACAGACAAUUGUAUGUAUAACCAGGCCAAGCCAGGAAGAAAUCGCCCGGGACAGAAUUAAGAAAGCAGAAAUCGAGAGAGCGACCAGGGAGAGUACAGCGAACUAAACGUGACAGGGGAAACAGAUGCUGCAAACUGUUUGCUUUCGCUAUCGCUACUAGCAGUUAAGUAUUUGUUUUGUUGUAAACGCUGCUUGUGCCUGGUACGAGGUUGUUUUUUUUGUUUGUUUUUGUUAAAACUAAAUUUUAAUUUGACUAGAAUUUUCUUCACAAGUAAUUGGUUCGGGUUGCAGAUCGUGUAUUUGUGUUUUUUUUUUUUUUUUUUUUUUUUUUUUUGCAGUGUUGAGCUUUGAUUUUUGGUUGUAAUUUUUCACGUGGGAUUAUAUUGGGUGAUAGAGGCACCUGGCGAUCCUUCCUCUAUGGCGAACACUGCUCAGAGCGCUCUGUCAUACUCAUGAACUUGGCAGUUUUCAACUCGUUGUAUAAUUAAAUACAAAACAGUGAAGCACCAUAUUCAAACUGGGUGAAAAUGAAUAAAAAUAUUAAAUUAAAAUCUAAAACACACAUUUAAGUUUAGUAACUGAAGAAGACAUAACAUGUGCAAUCAGUGCUGCGGCUCCAGCAAUGCUGAACAUGAACUAGGUCAUUUAAAAUACGCUAGUACAGUAGUUGGUAUAAUAGGUAAACAGUUAAAAACUAUAGAUAAUGGGGAUAUGACAUAGAUCUGACACAUGCUUGUGUGUGUCUGUUAUUAGACUGCCGUUUGAGCUCAUAUCUCCUGUGUGUUGAAUAUUUUUAGGCUUGGUAGUUUUAACAUGUAACAAAACUUAAGCAAACGGUCAAUUGCAUAUUAAUUAAAUUUAUUUAUUUUAACCAUUGUUUUAAACUACUCAACGGCAGCAAAUAGCAUGAUACCAAAUUAUAUGUUAUGCUUUGAAUAUAUCAACUUUAUAUAAAUUACAAAGUUGCAAUUGUGUAACAAUUUACACAAGUUUAAAUUAGAUGAAUAUAUUAAUAAAUUAAAAGCAAAACACACUAUAUACAAAUAAUCACAUUACCUGCCUUUUCAGUGGCAAAUGCACUCUACAAAUUCUUAACAUGUAAAACAUUGUUAUGGUGACUUUUGAACCCUAAACAAAUACUAUAACACUUAUUGCAAAACUGGAAUAGUUAUUUCUUAACAGACAAAUAAAAACGCUUUUAAACAAGCUAUAAUAUGUUAUGUUUCGAUACAUUAAACAAAACCCUUGCAUUUAAAAAUGACCCCUAUCCAUUUUUUGCAGUACAGAUUUACUGCACAGACACGUGUCUGUAGGUGCCACGCCCCCUGGGCAGUCCUGACAGAUGGGAGAGAGGCGUUUUUAGGGGCAGGCUGUUGCAUUAAAAGAAAAACUAACUUUCAAUUUAAAAACACAACCAAGCUUAGAGUAAACUUUAUUAUUCUUUUUUUUUUUUCGGAAAGCUAAAGUCAGUAGAGUGCAACACUUAAAUCCAAGAUUUUACGCCGAGAAGAAAAGGGUAGCAGGAUUUGGUGCUUAAAGCAUUUCUACAUGUUUUAAAUCAUUUUUUUAUAUAUAUUUUAAUUUUAGAUGUGUUUAAAACUGUUAACAAACUAUUUUUUUUGUUUGUUGAAAUCUAAAAAAAACACCUGCCCAUCCUGCAUCGCCCUUGUGUGUGGUCCCUGUUGCUCUGUGUAGUCCAUACAUCUACUUGGUUAUAUCCUUACCUGUUUUAAAAGCAAAGCUUUGUGUAUUGUAUACUCUUGUGUUUUAAACUGGAUUGUUUUAUUAAUGAGUUUCCGUUCUUGUAUCUUAUUGGAGUGUUUCUCCUGCAUAUGUGCUGAUGUGUAACUUUAAUUUUCCCCUUUGUGAUCUGUUUUUCUAAUAUAUAUCUAUAGAGAUAUAUCUAUCUCUAUCACACACUAACCCUUGUAGGACUAGGGCUUUAGGAAAGGCCAUUGUGUACAGUGAGUGCUGGGGGGUAUAGGGGUUUGGUCUGACCAUGCUGUGUGUUGGGGCUGGGAAAUUGGCAUAGUUUGGCCCUGCUUUUAAGGCCCAUUUAAAUUGGGGUAUUGCAUGGUGAUGUUUAGAACACCUGUACCUCCCAGACGGUAAGGGUAGGCCUCAGGUGUAUCCCCAGGGACUGAGUAGUUUAGAGCACCCUCUAGUGGUUUUAUUGCUGGUUUUUUUUUU